AUGGCAGAAUGCCUGAUGUUUGGGAUAGACAUGGAAGCCCGUUGUAUGGACGCGGUGGUCGCAGACGAAGAGACGGUCGCUUUUCUCAUCGGCACGCAGACCAUCAAAACGGAAAACCAAGUGAAGCAUCGUCUGAAUCCCAUUGAAGUGACAUUGCCAGGAGUUUAGGUUAACAAACUUUAUGUCGGUAACGAAGGCGCUCGAAUCCUGUCGCGUUCUUUCCGACACCCUGCAGGCGAAGUCCGCGCUCUCGCCUCAAGUCCUUCGAAUCCGACAGUUUUGGCGACUUGCGCCGCUGAUUGUAAGAAUGUCGCCACUUCUUGCUGACUAUAAUUUAUUUAAUAGUCACUGGUGUCGAGCCAAAGUACGGGUUAUACGUGUGGAACAUGGACGACGACAAAAGGACCCUUGGGCAGAUUGGAAACGAGGAUUUCGACCAGUACCUUCAUGGGUAUGUCUGGUAGUGCUCGAUGAAAAAAGAAUGUUGUAAAGACUUGUGUGGGACUCCACUACGAACAGGACAGCGGUGGUGGGAACGUCGAUAGUGCGGAUUUUCGACAUGACGCCCGGACCUCAGGUUCCUAACUUAAAGGCACCGGGGCAGUAAAAAAAACGUGGUUUCAGGUGAAAUCAGUAUCUUGUAUAGUUUUUUUUUUGUGAAUAGAACGGUGUACUCAAAAAAAUCACAAAUUUGACAACUUUAGAAGAAAACCGCGAUUUUACUUUCCCCCCUUUAAUUUUGAAAAAAGCUUUGAUAUGGUCUACGGACAACUGUUUACAGUAGCCGUUCACGCGAUGUUGCGGACGUCUCAUUAGACUCGCAUUUUGUGAGAAAUAACCGGAUAUCUGCUUCAAAUGAAUGGUUUCUUUUCUGAAAAAAACAUUUAGUCAAACAAAAAAAAAACCGAUAAUAAAGAAAUCACAAAACGUCGCUAUCCCAAUCGAAACCUGUGUAAAAUCAUCUUUUUUCACCAAAGAAGCAUUUUUGCGACAACAGAAAAAAUUGAAAUUUGAAAGAAACGAAGAAAAAAGCGAAUAUUCGAAAAAUGGAGAAACGUGUUGUCCAUAGAGCAACUUUACUGCGAAACGUCUUUAGCGGGAACUCAAGCUUUCCUUUCUCUGGCUUUGAAUAAUUUUUUUCUUCAAAACUAGGAACUUCUUACAUUUCCAAGUUCACCGUUCUUUUAGCAAUGAAAAACUCUACAAAGUACUGCUUUGAACUGAAACACCGUUCUUUACUGCCCCUAUGCCAUUAAGUAUAAGUACAGCUUCCAACCAGUAGUUAAGGCGUUGCAAACGGUUCCGGUGGAUGGAGAGGUGUUCGAGGCGACGUGGAGCCCUCACAACAGCGGCAACUUGUUGGGCGUCAGUGUGGGAAAAGACGUCGUCUGCAUCGACACCAGAUCUGCAAAGUGAGCCUUUCCAGAAGCUCUCCGAACUUCUCUUUGCCAGGGACGACUUGAAAGUGGCAUCCGCACACUCACAUCGCACUCUCAGCAUCGACUUCAACCCCAACCUCCAGCACAUGUACGUUUUUCCAGGGUUUGACGAAGAGCUCGGUGAGAAAAAAAAAACUUUUCUUGCUCUGGAUAUUAUUAGCUUGUUUAACAAGUUCCUAUAACAUGUUGGCCACAUGUUUCCUUAUUUAUUAUUUCUUUAAAGGCAUAGGGGCAGUAAAAAAACGGUGUUUCAGUUCAAAGCAGUUUUUUGUAGAUUCAGUCGAACGGUGAACUUGGAAAUGUACCAAACUUCUUAGUUUUGGAGAAAAAAUAAUUCAAAGUCGCAGAAAGGAAAGCUUGAGUUCCCGCCAAAAAGGCGUUUUGCAGUAAAGUUGCUCUACGGACAACACGCUUCGCCAUUUAUCGCAUUUUCGCUUUUUUUGUUUCAAAAUUGAUUAAUUUGAUUGGAAUUGCCAAUGCCUUAUUUCAUCUGUGAAGCAUCUAAAUUUGCUUUAAAAGAAACAGAAGAAACAGGGAAGGCCGUUCCAAAAAUGAUAAUCUAAAUCAAGUUUUACCUGACAAGGAAGAUUUUACACUUUGUGCUUGGGUUUUACCAGAAACAGAACAAUUCUUGAUGCACCAGAUGAAGAUUCUGAAAGGCUCAACCUGCAAAACCUUCCUAGUUUCCGAGAAAAAGUGUUCAAAGCUCAAAAAUAGAACGACUUUUGAGGGUUUCCUUUUAAUUUGAGGAUCGUUUCUCAAAAAAUAAGAUGUUUGCCAGGUUGAGACUUUUAGUGCUUUCAUCUGGUACAUCAAGAAAAGUACUAGCUAAAUUUCAGGAAAAUUCCAAGGUGAGAUAAUCUUCCUUGUGAAGGUUUGCCAAAUCUUUCUAAAACUCUGAGACGGAGAAUUCAGGUUGGCGUCUGCCGGCGACGAUGGAUUCGUGCGGAUCUGGGACAUGCGCGAGCCGUCGCAGCCAUUCUUCUCUUUCCAUCCACACGCACACUGGAUUUGGCAGGUUCACAUAUAGUUGAUUCACGGCUGGCUUGAGCCAUCGAAAAAGGGUCCUGGCACGAUAAGUAAAGAGACAGUGCCUGUUUGGUAUGCCCCGCCCCCUUAGCGUCCCAAGCUAGCAGUGAAUAGGCUAUGCGAUGAGCAGCCAAUUCCAUGCCAUUCUCCAUUUCAGAUCAGAUAUCACCCUGUGCACGACCAGCUACUGCUCUCCGUUGGAAGUGACGCUUGCGUAGUUCUGUCGUGUGCUCAGACGGUGAGCAGCGAAGUGGACGACUUGACGCCCGACGAGGACGAGUUUUCCGAGCGGCUGGAGGACGGCGAGCUCGAGAGGAUAGACGAACACGAAGAGAGCGUGUAAGCCACGACCAUCGGAGCUGUUGGCAAGGCGGAACUCGAAACUGACGUGCUCCGGACGUUUCUGGGCAAUUCUAGGGAUCACUUAAGAGUCCUGACGCUACUAAAGUGACCACUAGAAAUGCCAGAAACGUCUGGAGCACGUCCGUCAACAGCUCUGACGGCCAUCACACAAAAUGACCAUUUUUUCCAGAUACGCUUGUGCUUGGUCCGUUGCAGAUCCCUGGACGUUUGCUUCACUUUCAUUCGAUGGACGGGUUAUUUUCUCAAAGGUUUCUCGGAAACACAAGUAUGCACUGAUGCAACUCUGA